AUGGUAUUUUUUAAAAAUUCCUAAAAGAGCAAUUUUGUCUCAUUUCCCAAUGCAGAGAAAGGUUGGGCCUUCUGCCUAGAGAACUGGAAAGUAUUUAAUACCAGCUGUUACUUUAUCUCUUCCGAAUGGAAAACUUGGCAUGAGAGCCAGAAGACCUGGUCUGGGAUGGGAGCUCAUCUGCUGGUGUCAACACCAAGGAGGAGCAGAUUCUGGCGUCCUGGUGAACCCAGUCAUCGUGAUGAGCAGUGUGUUAUGAUAAAUUCUGCUAGAGGAGGCUGGGGCUGGAAUGAUGUCCGUUGUGAUGCUCAUCAAAGAUCAAUUUGUGAGAUGAAGAAGGUCUACUUUUGAAUGGAACAUUCUCCAGGGACUUGUGGUUAGACGGAGACCCACUGUG